AUGCGCUGGGCCCCUAUCCCCAUACGGCGUGAUGCCGGCAUCGCGGCAUGGCAGCCCAGUUGGAUCUGCCCUCGUUGCGCGGAAUCUGUCGAGCUCGCGGAUCUCGAGGUCCCGAGCGGGGUCGGCGACGAGUGCCGCGAAUGCAACCGCACUGUUCGCUGGGUCUUCGAUCGCCGCACGCAUUCCGGCCGCACAGAGUGCAGCAGGGGCUGCUCAGGCGGCGAGCGCCAGCUGACCAUGGCAGCUCCCAGCGCCCCUGCCCCAGCUUUGCCUACGUCGCCUGUCCCAGGUGCAGCGGCCGCCGUGCCCGCAGAUGCCGCAGCGGUGGGCAUGCAACGCGCAUUGGCCCCGCCACACGUAGACGUAGACCCACGUGCGGCGGGCGCCCCGCGCACGGCCGUCCCCGCUGCUUUUUGGUUUGCGUGUGGCCCGCCUGCCGGCAGCGUCAGCGAUGCCACCAACUCCUGGCUUUACGCGUGGCGCGCGGACCCCCGCGCACGGGGCUGGUGGGACGAAGCGCAGCAGUUGCUAAUGGCCUUUGAGCCCGUUGCGCCGCAAGACUUGGCUGCCACGUUGCGACGUGCGGCUGAAGCUGCGCCGGCGCAUGCGCACCAUUUCCCUGAUCUCCUUGCGCGGCUUGAACGCGCAUGCUUGCCGGGCGGCGCUCGGGUCCAUGUUGGAUGGGCCGUCCGACAACUUCGCGAGUCAGACGGUUAUCUGCUUGCACCGGUUCAGGAAGCUUUGCUCGAGUGUUUCGGUGGACUGCACACUCGGAGCGCUUUCGCUCCGGAACGGCGGGUCAGCUUCCACCAGCGAGCCGCCGAACUGGCCUCGCCUGCUGGCGGCGACGGCCCAGCCUCCUCAACCAACGAGGCAGCGGCGGAUCAGGAAAGGGCUGACCAGGCAGCCAAUUCUGGAAUCGCUGGCGACGAACAUGGGAUGCUGCAGGAGGCCAACUCCGACAUCGAUGCAGCAGGCGUAUGCUACGUUCUUUCUAUUGUUGGUUGGCGACGGGUGGAUGGUGAACCAUGGUCUGACACCAUGACGCGCAUGAAUCAACGGGCAGUACAACUUUGCGGCAACCGUGACGAGAAGUCAAUGGCCGAGCUUGGUUUGCAAAUGGGAUCCCAGAACUCGGUGGACCGUAGCUUGACUCGAACGGGCAAAAGCAAAGAUGGACUGCACGAGGCGCAAGGUCGCCUCCAGGUUUGGGAAGCAGCCCGCUCACUGGCUUUCCUGCCCACCUUGUUGGGCGGCUUGGGGCUAUGCAGCGCCGAGCGGGUGCGCGCGGCUGCAUAUUGGGCAGCGUGGGCGGAUGCGCUCCCAGUCAUGCACCAGCGCAGGCCGGAUGCUGCGGCGCGGUGCGCGCGUGAGCUGGCGGCUGCCGACGCGGCAGCAGCGCCUUCAUUGAGGGCCGCGGCAGCCGCAGGCGCUGUCCUGGAUGCAGAGGGUUGGACCACGCGCCCGGACUGGCCCGCCCUCCUGGAAGGCGUAGCCCCAGCGCCCGCGCCCGACGAGCCGGCAGAGACCGGGGAUUGGAUUCGUGGCUGGCAGAGACCGGCAGCUCGCGCACUCAACACGUCCUACCGCGAGCGCCUCCUCCUCAGCCUCCGUGCCGAUUCCCGUGCGCUGCUGCGCUCACAGUCAGGUGCCCACGCUGGCGAAUGGCUCCGCGCCAUCCCAGCAGACGCAGCCAGUACGCUCGCGCCGCCCGAAAUGCUCAUCGCUCUGCGCCGACGCUUGCGCCUCCCCCUCCCCUUGGCAGCAGCUCGGUGUGGUGGCGGUGGCGAAGCCGGUUGUGGCGCCCGCGUCGAUGAGCUCGGGGAUCACCGUGCUGCAUGCGCCCGCAGUGGCCUGCUGGCGCGACGAGCCCCACUCCUCGAGCGCGCGUGGGUGCGGGUCGCUCGCGAGGCGGUUGGCGCUGAAGGCUGGCAGCGCCGCUGGUGGGGGUUCCUGAGCUGCGCGCAGCAGCGCGCGCUAGCGUCCACGCUGCUGGGCGGCAUCUGGCGCGCACCAGCGCAGCCGGGCGGCGAUGGGCAGCCGACGCUCAGCGAAGUCGUCGAGCUUGCCGAACCGGCGCUGCCCUCUCUGCUGCCGCUGCGCGCCGCGUAG